AAGAAAAAUAAAAUGAAAUCUAAUUACUUAUUUCUUCUAAUAACAAUAUCAAUAGUUAUUCUAUUAUCUGUUGAUCAGUCCAAUGGAUAUUGCUGCAAAGUUAGCAAUUUCUUGUGGGGACAUCCCCCAGACUGCAACAUGUUAGGAUGCAAUUGUGACUGUGCAAAGUGUGUAGAUGUUAUUGACAAGGGUUGUUGUCUGGCUCAAAAGACUGGAAUUGGUUUGUGUUCAAAAAAACGGAAACGAAGUUUAUUGGAACAAGACCUAAAAUCAUUUUUUGGUAACGACUAUGAGAAAAUGUUGAAUGAAGAAAAGUGA